CACACCGCAAGGGGCAGUAGCAAGCCGGUAGAGUCCAUUUCACUAGGUGUCAUCAUUUUUAUUGGGAAAAAAGUUCUGGUUGGUGGCUCAUAUGAUAUGUCGGGGACUCAGCAAAUGUCUACAGUCAUGUUUUACGAGAACUCUGCAUGGAAGAAACACAAAAGUUGUGGGACUUCAUCUCUCCUUGCUAUGACGCCCAAGAAACCUCAGCAGUGGCUGCAAGUGGUCGGACACGCAGGGAGCUUUCGUGUUGGGGAUUAUGGUACGCUGCUGAAGAGGUUUUGUGAGGAGGAGCAGCAAUGCUACCUUAGGCUGAUGGAGGACGCUUUGAGGCCCUUUGUUCCAGCCUACCACGGUGUGGUGCAGCAGGACGAGCAGGAUUACAACAUGAUGGAUAACUUGCUGACCCAUUUCAACACACCUGCCUGCAUCAUGGACUGCAAGAUGGGCAGUCGCACAUACCGUGAGGAGGAGCUGCUGUUGGCCCGAGAACGGCCCCAGCCUCGUAACGACAUGUAUGAGAAGAUGGUGGCUGUGGACCCAGAGGCCCCAACAGUCCAGGAACAAGCCCAGCAGGCAGUGUUGAAAACCAGGUACAUGCAGUGGAGAGAGUCGCUGAGCUCCACAACAACUCUGGGCUUCCGUAUUGAAGGAUUCAAGAAGGCAAACGAAGAAUGUCACACAAACUUCAAAAGGACCAAAAGCAGAGAGCAGGUGAUGGAAGCACUUAACAACUUUGUUGAGUCCAAUACACACAUUGCGUGCGGCUAUCUGAGACGACUGAAACAAUUGCGGCAGGUCUUGGAGGCGUCAGACUUCUUCAGGACACACGAGGUUGUGGGCAGUUCCUUACUGUUUGUACACGACUGGACAGGCAGAACAGGAGUCUGGAUGAUUGACUUUGGAAAGACAGUUGCCUUGCCGCCGCACCUCACCGUGGACCACCGUACUCCCUGGGUAGAGGGCAAUCGAGAAGAUGGCUACCUGUGGGGUCUGGACAACCUCAUUGAUAUACUGGGCAACAUGCUGCCACAGACUUGAAUGCCACGCUAUGCAUAUACUCUCAGUCCAUCCUUCACCACUCAUAAGUGGUGAAUGACUGCAAAAGCACUGGCUUCUGAAAUGGUUGUGUUGUCAAAAUUGUGGGAAUGAACUCUAUUGGGGGGAAAAACUGUAUGAGGCUGUAAAAAAAAAAAUGGAAGAUGCGAUUGAUUACAAUAACAAAACGUUUUUGCAAAAGGGGUUAUCAAGUAAAUACGAACAGAUUGUUCGUAUUUAUGAACAGAUUGUACAAAAAUACAAUGUACAAAAUAUGAACAGAUUGUUCGUAUUUUGUAAUAAGAACAGAUCGUUGUCAAUAAAUUAGGACGACAACAUUGGUCAAAAGGUCAACGGUGAUUUAUGGGGUGCAGAGCAACCCGAGCCUUGUGAAUUUUGACUACUGAAUAGACCUGUACCGCACUGACAGUAACACUAACCGACCCGACUGUCUUGAGAUGAGCUGCUCAUUAUUUUCAGGAAACACACAGCAAUUAAAAGCCAAAGAUAUGGCUGCCCCCUCUGGCUUGAGAUUUUUGGUAGUUUAAACGUCACACUGCCAUUAAAAUGGUGCUAAGAGUAUGAUGCAAAAAAUUGGACUUAUUUUCUGAAUUUGAAUGCCUCACUAUUAUAAUUUCAAUUUACAUUUAAAUAUUUUCCAUGACUUGAGAAAAUUAAAUGUCUAACAUUUUAAAAUGUUCAUUUAUAUGGUCAUAGAACCAUUUGAGUGUGUGAAAAUUAAAAUGCAAAGUUGUUGCAAUUUCAUUUAAAUGUUUACGCCAACUAUACAUAAUGUAGUGUAGUUGAGACCAGUAUUAGAUAGGGUGUUUGUUGUAGUCCAUUGAGAUUAGACCUUUGCGCAUAGUGCUGUUGGUCACGGUGACCUCUUGAAAACCAGCUGUUAAUAUCCUUUUCUGAGGCACCAAGGUAGAUGGCACUUGAUGUUUCUGCUGUUCUGGAUCAAUGAAAACAUCAGCAUCAAGCAGAA